AUUUUUGUCCCUCUCUGCUUACCGUAGCGGAUAUUUCUGACAGCUGUGGCAAUCAUGACCGAAGAUAACUUAAUGGAAGACGAAGAGGAAAACAUUUUGUACGAUUUGCUGGUUAUUACGGAAUGGCCACCAGAAACUGACACGCAGUUACGGGGCAACAAGGAGUACAGCACAUCUGUAAUUGCAAAAGCAGUGACAGGACCGCUCCGAUUGCUCCUUCACUAUUUGUGGUAUAGCCCCUCCAGCUCAUCUCUGCCUCUUGGUCUCGCCCGACUGGCAAACAAGCAAAUCAACUGGCAGCUGGUUCUUUCAAGUAAUGGCAAACUACUGGCGGUGGUUCAAGACCAGUGUGUGGAAAUUAGGUCUGUGAGAGAUGACUUUGGCAGUGUCAUUGGGAAAUGUCAGGUGCCAAAGGACCCCAACCCUCAGUGGCGAAAGGUGGCAUGGAGCUACGACUGCACUCUGUUGGCCUAUGCAGACAGCACAGGCACUGUUCGCCUUUUUGACCUCAUUGGAAGUGAACUCUUUGUCAUCCCUCCGGCGGUGAGUUUUCCUGGAGAUUUCAGCUGUGCAGUUGCAGGACUCAUCUUCUUGGAGUACACGGCAAGCGCUCAGUGGUCCGCAGAACUUCUUGUGAUCACAUACAGUGGUGCGCUCAAAAGCUACCUUGUGAGCGUGGGAACCAAUCAAAACUUCCAGGAGAACCACACCUUUACCUUUUCUACGCACCACUCCCACGGGAUCACCUCAGCCGUUUACCACCCAGGUCAUCGAUUGCUGCUGGUAGGAGGCUGUGAAUCAGGAGAUAAUGGUGCAUCCAAGGCCUCCUGCUGCGGCAUCACUGCCUGGAGGGCGCUCUCUGGCUCGCCUCACUACAAACAGGUCACCAGCUAUGAGGAUGAAAUUGGUUCGAACCACAGAAGAGGUUUCUUUAGGAUUCCCAGCCUGAGAUUCUUUUCCAGACAAGGAGAGGAAAAGGAUGGUGUGUUUCGCAUGAGUCUGAGCCCUGAUGGGACACUCCUGGCUGUCAUCCACUUCUCUGGGCGUUUGUCCAUCUGGGAUGUUCCCUCUCUAAAACAGAGGGCCACCUGGGGCCAGGACCAGCAGCCAGGAUUUGAGGAGAUCAACCCAGAGUGGAAGACAUCACUGGAGAGGAGGAAGAAAAUAAAAGAUAAGGAGCAGUACUACCCGUUGGUGGACGUGAGCUGGUGGAGUGACAACGUUUUGAUUUUGGCUCGUUGCUCUGGGUCGGUCACCGUCUCCUCCGUCAGGACGUUACGCAACCUUCUGGGGAAAUCCUGUGAAUGGUUUGAGCCCUCGCCAAGAGUCACUGCUGCACAUGAAGGGGGCUUCCUAAGCCUGGAGUGCGAAGUCAGGCUUGCUCAGAAGCGUCUGCGCUUCGACAGCAAUCUCAGCAGUGAAGCAAGAAGCGAGGAUGAGGAAGGAGAUGACGGCGCAGACUCUGAUUCGGAUGAAGAGUCCUCAGCGAAGGCCCGCUACUUUGGAUACGUCAAGCAGGGCUUGUAUUACGUGACAGAGAUGGAACGCUUUGCACCGCCACGCAAGCGCCCCCGAACGGUUAUCAAGAACUACCGAAUGGUCAGCUUGAGGUCCACCACCCCAGAGGAACUGUAUCAGAGGAAGAUUGACAAUGAGGAAUAUGGAGAAGCCUUGUCACUCGCUCAGAUAUAUAACCUGGACUCUGAUCUGGUCUACCAGCGGCAAUGGAGGAAGAGCCCAGUCAGCAUCGCCUCCAUUCAAGAUUAUCUGAGCAAAAUCCGGAAGCGCUCCUGGGUUUUGCAUGAGUGUGUGGAACGUGUCCCAGAAAACGUAGAUGCUGCCAAAGAGCUGCUGCAGUACGGGCUGAAGGGAACUGACCUGGAGGCCCUGAUAGCCAUUGGGCUCAAUGAAGAUGGCGGCAGGUUUAUCAUGCCAGGCGAUGUGGACCUUUAUGACCUCCCAUAUGAAGACCUCUUAUCAGAUGAUGAGGAGCUGGAGAUAAAGAAGGAGCGAGAGAAAAGGAAAAGACAGGAGCUCCUUGCCAAGGUUGAUUUCACCAGGCUGACCCUGGAGCAGAAAGAACUGUGUCGUAGUCGACUGAAAUUACUCUCCUACCUGGACCGACUGGCAACAUAUGAGGAGAUACUUGGUGGGCCUCAUGCAGCAGAGCAGAAAUAUGAUGCCGAGUUCUUCAAGAAGUUCCGAAGCCAAAACAUUGUUCUGUCAGCAAGAAACUACGCCAGGGAGAGCAAUGUGCAGGCCCUGAAUAUUCUCUUCACAUAUCAUGGAGAAGAACUCCUGCAGCACAGACUGUCUAUCCUUUACAACUUCCCUGAAACCACAUCCCCCCAUGAGUACGCUGUCCUGCUGCCUGAAGCCUGUCUGGAUGAGAGAGGCGAGUUGGCGUUGAUCCCUUGGGACGAGCAGAAACACAGAGAGAAGGACUGGUGUGAGGAAGAGGAGUGCAGAGUGAUGCUGGACCAGCACCUGUUUGAUGAUGAUGGUUUUCUGUAUGAGGAAGCUCCAGAGCUGCAGAGAUUUCGUACAGCCACACCAUCCAUUGAGCUGCUCACCGACUGGUACCGGAGCAGAGCCCAGGACAUAGACUCCUGCUCCAGACAGGUGGACUGUGCCCUGUCACUGGUGCGUCUGGGGAAGGAGCGUGAAAUCCCUGGGCUGGAGCGCCUAUCCGAUGACUUGGUCACCAUGGAAACGCUGGUGUAUGAAACGUCAUGUGAACUCAGUCUGACACUUAAAGAUUUGCAGCAGCUCUCAGACAUUGACAAACUGCGGCUGCUUAUGAAAAAUUCUAAUCCUGAACGCUAUGUGAAAGAUGCCUUCCAGUGGAUGGUCCCAUUCCUGCACCGCUGUGAGGCCUACAGAGAAGGGGCCGCCAAGUCUUUACUUGCCAGCUUCCUUGUUGGCCUAGCCCAACAAGACCUAACUGUUCCUCUUAUCAUUUUCCAGCAAUCUAAACCCGUCUGCCAACAGAAGAUCAUUGGAGACCCAGACCAGCUGAUGGAAGUCGCCCUGGACUGCAUCUACAGCUGUGAGAGAGACGACCAGCUUAGCCUCUGUUACGACAUCCUGGAGUGUCUACCCCAAAGGGGCUAUGGACCAGAGACGAACAUCACAGCAUCACUCCAUGACAAGGUGGACAAACUGGAGAAGCAUCUAAGUGUGGCAGAAGUUCUGGAGAAGCACGGCCUGCAGAAGCCCAUCUCAUAUGUGAGAAACAGCCAGAACAGCGAGGAGGAGGCCCAUCAACUAAUGGUCAAGCUGUGCCGUCACACCGGCCGCAAGAACCCUCCAGUGAGUGAGACGGUGUGGAGAGCUCUCCUGCAGGACCUGCUUGAUAUGCAGCAGAAUGUUUACACUUGUCUGAAAUCAGAGACAUGCCAUCAGGUUUUUGUCGAGUCCCUGCUGUGCUCAAAUCGUGUGGAGAACGUACGCUUAGCAGGACAGCUUAUGCAUCGCUCCAAGCUCAGUCAGGACGUUCCCGUCAGUUUGUCGCUGCGCGGGAAAGGUUAUGCGUUGAAGGUUUCCUAUGACAGCAGUGUGGAGUUGGUGUUAGCUGCUGCCAGGGAGUACUUUAACUCCUCUACUACACUAACAGACCCCUGUAUGGGGCUGGCCAGGGCGUGUCUCCAACUCAUCACUGACUGUCCUCCAGCCAUCCAGGAAGAACUGGACCUCAUCAAUGCUCUCAGUCAGCUGGAAGACUUCAGUGUUUGUAUUCUUCCACUUCAAGUGCGGCUGCGAUCGAACCGUUUGUCUCUUAUUGAAGAGUGCAUCGCCCAGUGCUCCACAGCCUACAAACAAUCUGCCACUCUGCUUAAUCUGGCCUCACUUCUCAGGGUGUCAGGAGACGACGAAGGGAAGCGAAAAGGCCAAGUGCUGACCUUGCUGGCAGAGCAAGCACUCAAAUGCCUGGACUUCAAAGCUUCUUACAUCCACUGUCAGGACCUCAUGGCUGCAGGUUACAGUGCGGCAUGGGAGGCGUGCAGUUUGCUCGGUCAGAGUGAGGGUUACAGAGACCUGCAGGCACGACAAGAAUUGUUAGCCUUUGCCUUGACGCAUUGUCCCCCAGACAGCAUCCACAGCCUCCUUGCUGCCUCCAGUGACUUGCAAACACAGGUGCUAUACCAAGCUGUUAAUUAUCAAAUUGAGCCUGCCAAUAGUGAGACCAGACGAGAAGUUGUAAAGGCAGAUAAUCUAAAGGCCGGCUCAGCUGGAGACCUUCUCCACAGAACAACAGCGAAGACCAUGGAGGUGCUGACCUCUACAGGAUUGACCACCAAAGCUGUGCUGACUGCGGUCAGUGACCACCGUUGGUGGAAGGAGUCCCUCAAUUACCUCCGUCCCCUUCAGGGUCAUGGUGCAGGAGCUGCUGACAAGGAAGGGCUGUAUGAAAACUCCAACCUGGAGCGCCAAGGCUGCAGCCCUUUCUAUCAGGAGCUCAUUGAGGAUCCCUAUGUAGACCUGAGUCAAGAUGUUUACUCAUCCUGCAAAGAAAUGCCUCAGGAGAACUUCGCAGAGGUUUUGCUGAGGACUGGGAAGUUGGCUGAGGCCAAAACAGAAGGAAAAACCUUGUUUCCUGCAACAGAAGUUUUGCUGCAGCUGGCCAACGAUGCAUUUCCCAGAGACAUGAUGCUGGCUCUGUCCUACUUACUGGCGCUGCCUCAGGUUUUAGAUGCCAACAAGUGUUUUGAGAAGCAGUGCCACUCUGCUCUGUCACUCCAGCUGGCUGCCUACUAUUACUCCCUGCAGAUCUACUCCAGACUAAUGCCCUGCUUUAAGGACAAAAACCACACUCUCUACCAGGCCGAUCCAAAGGAGCUGAUUCGACUGGUCACGCAGCAUGUCUCCUCAUAUUCAGCCUGGCCUGAGGAGCUGCAGAAGUUAAUCAGCCAGCUGAAUGUGUACAAUGAGCGUUUGACAGACUUCACUCAGGCUCAGGUGUUGCAGGGCCUUGGCCGUGGAGUUGAUGUGCAACGCUUCAGCUCUGACUUAGAGUACAAGAAAAAGACCAUCCUCGGCCUCACAGAGACACUGGAUGACGAUGUGUACAGGAUCGCUUUAUCCCUAGCAAAGCGUUACAGCGUCCCUCUGUGGGAGGUCUACAUGACUCACCUCGAGUUCCUCUUUACAGAAAGCAGUCUUUCCACUGAAGAGAUUGAAAAUCGGAGUAACUCCCUUAAACUAUUUGACACCUUGAAAUGCGACCCGGAGGCCUUUUACAGCCACAUGACCAAAUAUGUUCUACCAACGGUGGAGGGAAGCGACUUGGGCCGCCUGCUCUACUACUACACCUUAAUAGAUGCUGCAGGCUGUGAGCCUUAUGUGACGACCAUCAUAAAACCAGAGUCUCAUGUCAAACUGCUGAAGAAGCUUCGCGCUGUUGCCAAAGGUAUAAACUACAGAAAGCUGACUGAUGAGUCCUCUGAUCCAUUGGCCACCCUACAGCCAGUCCUAACCAGUCAGAAUGUUUUAUCCAUCUCUAAACUCUCCAAUCGACUGCCUUUGCCUGGAGACAGCAAAGCAACGGUCUCCCCCAGUGCCGUGCAUGCAGUAUGGCUGCAGAAACUGUUUUGGAAAGGCGACCCACAGCUGCUGAAAAGACCCCCACAGAGUGAUCAGGACUACCUGCAUGCAUAUGACACCUGUGCCAAGUACCUGGACAGACUACUCUCCGCAGAUGCCAUCCAUUUCCUGGACAGUAUCACCUUCUCUCCUGAUGCAGCCAAAAACCUGAGCAUCCAAGCAAGGUUGGAGGUGAUAAAGCGAGCCUCCAAAGCCCUGCGCCAGCUGGCCGAGAAGAGCCGGAAGAAAGGAAGUGAUAAUAGUGGAGAGCAGGAAGGUACAGGCGCAACAGGAGUUACUUUUGAAGAGGCUCUAGCACACCUGCAGCAAUCUCAGGCCCACCUGGACACUCUGAGUCAUGCCUUUAUCCUGUCGCUCAGAGACAGCCAGCAGGAACAACGACGACGCUAUAGUCAACUUUAUGAUUUGUCGCGCUCUGAAAGGUCAAAAAUUUGCGAGUUGGCCGUCACAAUGGCAACUGAUGGACUUCCCCUGGAGCAGAUUAAAGAGCUUCUUGGUGUGGCUGUUGGACCCCUCCACCUGUCUGUUAAAACUGUGCUUGAAGAGGCUGUCAGAAGGGUCGUAGCAGCGCUCAGUGGGGACCAAAAUGCCCUGACCAGUUACCCUCAACCGCUCAGAGUGCUGGAGAUGAUGGUGACAUCUGUGCACAACAACGUGCAGAGCGGUGACAGCACUGUGACUUCAGAUGACCUGCUGGCUUGGCUGCGCCCAUUCUGUGGUGACGCUUCCCUCCCUGUGCGGCCUCGCAUCGACGUGCUGCAGAUCCUGGAGAGUAACUUCAGUCUCAGAGACAGCGACGUCCGUCUUCUCCUGCUUUACAGGACCCAAGCUGUGCUCAAAGACAGAGAGGUCCAGGUAGAGGAUGUGGAGAAUGAAGACAAGAGGUACACCCUUUUCCAGGAGAUGUUGGCUGGAGCACAGAAGUGGGAGGACUUUCAGUUGAUCAUGCUUCUUCUACAAGCAUGGCCGCCCAUGAUGAAAGAGGAAGUGGCCCAGUCAGAAAGUAACCCCUGGGUGAUGCUGACCUCAGCUCUGCUGACCCGCUGCCAGGCCUCAAAGGGUAGAUUAGACCUGGGUCAGGAGUUGGUCUCCAUGGUGAGGUCUCUUUAUAAGACCAAACACAAGCUCCAUGUGCAGUGUAUUCGACACAUAGCACACCUGCUGCUCCAAAACCAGCCGAGCCUCCAGCAGUCCGCCCUAAAACUAAUGUCAGAGAGCGGCGAUGAACAGCUGCUGCAGCUGACUCUGGAUCAGAUCAACAGCAUGAGCGCAGAAACUGCCGCCUCCUGCGACACAGAGUUGCUUUCGUUGCUCCUGGACGCGGGCCUCUUAGUGGGCUGUGUGUCCUCGGCUCUGUACCCCCUGCUCUGUUCCCACAUGCUGUCCAACCAACAGGAGGGUGGUUGGGACGUGGAGAAGGCUGCUGCGGACCUGAUGGCGGCGGGCCACAGGCCAGAGGCGGGCUCCCUGCUGCUCGCUCACCGCGGUACUCACCAGGCCCAGUUCACCUUCAACUCUGCUUUGGCCGUGCUGAAGAAGUGGCUUUGAGGAAGUUAAAAAACAACAGGAUAAAGAGGAUUUUGUUGACCACAAACCCCAACAGUAAAGUAGACCUACAUAGGGAGGAUAGAAGUACUAGCAAGCCAUAUAUCUGCAUUUAAUUCACUAAUUAGGUUUUGGGAUCAUCAAGAGAAAACAUGUCAACAGCAAACGGCAUACUAGGUGAAGCCUUUAAUGCUGAAAUAUCGGCUUAAUUAGAAAUGUGCACAUAAAUAUACAACCCCAACCUCAGCUGUGAGUCACGACUGAGUGUUCAGAUGGAGGAACUAAUCAGAAACUGCACAAGUUCCUCGCAUUCAUAGAUGCGGAACGUCUCCUAUUGUGUGAUAAAGUAAUGGAGCAGUAGCUGAGAGCGGUGGGUGGAUAUUGGCCUAUUGUUCCAUGACAGGUUUCCUCUUUAACGUCACGCCUUUAAACACCCCACCUCUGCUCCGUUGUUUUCUCCCUAAUAAUAACUAAUUAAUUUCCUCUAAGCAAAUUAGCCCCGCCGCUUCUCCAUGCUGUUUGUGUGUGGCUUACGAAUAAACAUGUAUGUGUGUUUACGGCAGCGAUGUCGGCAGGAUUUGUUCCCGCUAAAUCAAUACAAGAUGAUUGUGGUUUUCAUGCCGUCCCACCUAUCAGAUCUGAAAUAAAGGAACACAUAAUGAUAAUGA